UCAGCAGUGUAGUCUAGUGUUUAUGCGACUCCACAUGCCUUUCACACAGCCAGCUGCCACUGAUUUUAAUGUGUAUCCAUGUUCUACGACUUUCUCUCUCCCCGCAUGAGACACGAGCUCCUGCGGUGCCACUGAUCGAUGUUGAUCUGAAGGAUAAAUCCAGUUUAUGUGUAGGAUUAGACAGUGAGUGUGUCAGAGAGGAUCUGUGUGCUCAUGGAUCGCCUUGACGGAUCCCCUGGGCAGCUCAGGAACUUCAAGAAGGACGACUUUGAGGCUGACUGGAUUAAGGUGGCAGAAUGCAGAUUUGGUCAGUUGUACCAGGUCAAACUCAAACUCCGGCGGGAAAAAUGUGCCUUGAAGAGCUUUGACACAGCCUUGUGUGCAAACAACUUUUACAGGAGAAUAAUAGAUGAGGCAUCCAACACAGCCAAAGUGAAAUUCAAGUACAUCGUGUCCAUCUACGGACUGUGCAGCGAGGCGACGGGUGUGGUGAUUGAGUACAUGAGUAAUGGAUCACUUAACAAUCUCCUGGCCAGUCAUACUUUGAUGUGGCCAAAGAAGUUCCAGAUGAUUCAUGAGGCCUCGAUGGGAAUGAAUUUCCUUCACAGCAUGAGACCUCCACUACUCCAUCUUAACCUCAAGACAUCCAACAUCCUACUAGAUGGUCGUCUCCAUGUCAAGAUUUCAGAUUUUGGUUUAGUCCACUGGGAGGAGGGCAUGAGCAAGAAGUUGUUCAUGGAGCAACUGACAGUAAGAGGAAACAUAAGCUACAUUCCUCCAGAGACGUUCACUCAGUGCCCCGAUCCUCCAGGAACUGCCUUUGAUGUUUACAGCUUUGGAAUAGUGAUGUGGGAGAUUCUGACUCAGCAGAAACCGUAUGCAGGGUGCAGUAUGACCACAGUGCUCUUACAGGUGUCACAUGGUAAGAGACCCUGUGUGGACAUGAUACCCGAACAGAAGCCCCGUGACUGCAAUCAGAUGAUCGACAUCAUGAGGCAGUGCUGGGACCAGGAUCACAGGAAGAGACCACAGUUCUCAGACACUGUGAGGAAAGUGGAGGCUCUGAGCGAAGUCCUGAAGAUCCCAGGACCGAUCCAGUGUCAGAAAAACGGUGACGAGGGACCAAAAUCAGAUUACCCUUGGCUGGUUUCCCCGAUACAUAAAAUUGCUUUGCCUGAGAAGCCUGACCUUCCCUCAGAUGACCAUCAUGGCAAGGAGAGCAUUCUCUCUCUGCUGUGCAGAAAGGACUUUAAUAGUUUCAGACAGUCUGUGAAAAGAGAGCAUGUAUACACAAAGUUUUCAGAACAAAAGAGACUCCUCCACUUCGCGGUAGCCAGCGGGGAUGCAGAGAGUGUCGAGCAUGUCCUGCGCCUGGGUGCUGAAGUCAACUGUACGACUGCCAGAGGUUACACUCCUCUUAUUAUUGCUGUUUUGCAAAGGCUUCAUGAAAUCAUCUCUUUGUUGUUGGAACAUGGCGCAGCUACCACCCAGGGAGAUGAGGACCAGUGGACAGCGCUCCAUUUUGCUGCUCAGAACGGCGAUGGCAGAGCCGUCCGUCUCCUGUUGGACAAAGGAGCUGUGGCGGAUGCCCGGGAAAAGUCCGGAUGGAUGCCCCUCCACCUGGCCUGCCAGAAUGGCCAUGAAACGGUGGUGCGCCUGCUGCUUUCACGGCUGUCGGAGGAAGCAGUCGGAGAGUGUGAGGCACAGGGGAGGACGCCGCUCCACCUCGCCUCCGCCUACGGGCAUCUGAAUAUUGCCAAGCUCCUCCUCUCUCAGGGAGCAGAUCCCAACGUUACCGACCGCUCGCUCUCCACUGCUCUUCACUUAUCGGCUGAGGUAGGCCAUAACAGAAUAGUCAGAGAGUUGGUGAAAAGUGAGGCGAACAUCGACAGCGCAGACAGAGGAGGAUACACUCCACUUCACCUGGCCGCUUUGAGGGGUCAUAUCGGCAUAUGCAGGCAGCUGUUGUUGAACGGGGCCAGCCCAGACUCCAGGACCCUCCAAGGCUGGACUCCCAUGCACCUGGCUGUCCUAAGGGGACAUGAAGCCACGGUGGUCCAGCUGGAGAGCCAGGGUGGGUGUGUGAAUGCUGAAGGUGAGAAUGGAUGGACCCCGCUCCACCUCGCCUGCCACCAGGGCGAGCCGCAAGUGGUGGCAAAGCUCCUGGUGGCCAAAGCCGACCCAAAUCUGUCAGAGGACAGUGAAGGAUGGACGCCACUACAUGUAGCUUGUACCAGCGCCAGUUUCCUAAGUGUCCAACACUUGAUAUCACAUCAUGCAGAUGUCAAUGCAGUAAAUUCCGGGAAGGCGACGCCUUUACACCUGGCGGCCAAGCAUGGCUGUAUGUCUAUUGUAGAGACUCUACUGCUGAACGGAGCAGACAGGUCUCUGAUGGACUCCUCUGGAUCCACAGCUCUGAAUGUGGCCCAGAGGUGUAAAAAAUGGGAAAUAAUGCAACUACUGGAGAAGUGGUGAAAACAAUAUGAAUGGAAGGGUUAAAAUAAAAACAUCAAUGCCACAGCUAGAAUAGUAUCCUCUUUUAAGUGCCCAUUUGUGCCCAAAGACUAUAUUUAGUAUAAUAAAGAAAAAUGCCACAACAUUUGUUCUGAUUGGUCAAAAGUCUUGAAAUUUGGUAUGGACAUUUGGGGAAGUAUCUAACAGUACAAAGUUAGUUAGUCAAAGGCAGUCAAUUAAAGUUAGAUAGUCAAUGUCA